UUGAAGGAGUUUAGUUGCACGACGUCACUUUGAGAAUGUUUCUUCUAUAAGGGUGCCACAUGGGAGAGCAGUAAUCUAGUGCUGGUAUCACAAUUGACUUAUAUAACUGUGUGAGUCUCUUGUUGACCGUAGUUGAACAAGUACGGUACGCUUAUCAACUAGAAGGAGUCGGUUAUCAGUCAAUAUGGUGUCGAAAACACUGAAAUUACGCUCUGCCCGAGGUGCUGACGAACCCCCGACAGAUUCCCGGCGUCAUGUCGUCUUGCUGGCAACAUUUUUCUUCCUAGUUCUCGAAGCAGGUGUACUCAAAUCUUAUGGAGUUCUUCUCUCACCCAUGGUUUUCCAGCUAGACAGUAAUUUUGCAACCAUUGGCGUCAUAUUUUCUUUGUCAUGGACCUUGGAAUACACAUGUGCGGUAAUUGUGAAGCCACUGGUAAAUCGUAUUGAUCCAAACAAGAUAUCUAUGGCUGGGGGACUCAUAGCUGGUGUUGCCCUGACAACGUCUUCUUUCACUCGUACUACCUGGGCUUUAGGAACCCUCUUCAUUUUCUUCGGUAUUGGUCAAAGCAUGGUAUUAGUUCCCGCAAUCAUCUGUCUACACCGUCACUACAAAGAAAGAUUCGCAUUCGCCAGCUCCUUUGCCUUUGUAGGUUCUCUUGUCGGGGUGCUCAUUUUACCUAUCGUAACUGAAGUUUUGAUUGAAUCUUACGGACCACACAACGCUCUCCUAAUCUUAGGUGGACUUUGCCUCAACAUGUUCCCGAUUGGACUUGUCCUCAAAUUGCCGAAGGAAAAGCAUAAGCAACCAUCUGUGUUGACUUGUAAACAUCUCUUAGAGUCUGUUGAUGCUGGUUCAACCAGGACAAAGGAAUUUCCUUCAGAGAAAAACGUUUCCCAAACUCACCAGGUAGAAUGCCAUAUUCUUCAAAAUCUAGGAUAUAACCUAAUUAUAUUAUGGGAAAAGAAAUAG